AUGAGCGCCAUCAAAAGUUCACCGAGGAUGGCAACUUCGCAAGAACAGGAUGCGAGCCCUCCGAAGGUCCAGACUGCCAGGGACUGGCCCCUUUGGGAACGAUGGUUCGCUACGGCGGUGCUAUCCGGCUACAAGUUCAUUUCUUCGCUCGCGUCGUCUACCAUGGCUCCAGGAAUCGAUGCUAUUUCGGAGGAACUCGAGAUCCAUGACCCAGUUGUUAGCACUCUUCUACUGACCGUGUACGUCCUGGGAUAUGCAGUAGGGCCGCUGCUCCUAGGUCCUGCCUCAGAGAUCUACGGGAGGAAGCCUGUACUCACGCUGAGCAACAUUUGGUACCUCAUUUUCAACAUAGCCUGUGGCCUCGCCAGAUCAAGAGACCAGAUGGUUGCAUUCCGAUUUCUGGCUGGUGUCGGCGGGAGUGGCCCUCUUGCUCUCGGAGGAGGUGUGCUCAGUGAUUGCUGGAAUGCAGAAGAGCGUACCAGGGCACUGAGCCUGUACACGCUCCCAGCGCUACUUGGGCCGGCACUUGGGCCUAUCAUAGGUGGCCUGAUCGUCGAGAAUCUAAGUUGGCGGUGGGUAUUCUGGGUCACAUCCGCUGCCUCUGCUUUGAUCCAGCUGAUCGGGCUCGUCCUCCUAAGGGAGACAUAUGCACCAGUCAUACGGAAGAGCCACAAGCUGAGACAUAAAGCCACAUCUCAUCUGGGAGCCCCUGCAGAGGGCGAAAGGGUUACAAGCAAGAUCUCAAGGAAGCUCACAACUGCUGUGCGGCUCCUGUGCUUUGAGCCCACAAUCCAGCUUGUCUCGCUCUACGGCGCCUUCUUGUAUGGCCUCAUGUACAUCGCCAUCUCUUCCAUGACGGAACUGUGGACAGUUCAAUAUGGCGAAUCUCGGUUGAUUUCCGGGCUCAACUACAUAUCUCUCGGGCUUGGAUUUGCGUUUGGCUCCCAGUCAGGUGCUUUUGCCAAUAGAUGGGUCUAUACCACACUGAAAAAACGAAACAAUAACAAAGGACUGCCAGAGUUCCGACUCCCUAUGCUAGGCGCCUGUGCGGUCCUUGUCCCUCCCGGACUGUUGAUCUACGGAUGGACGGCAGAUGCCAAGCUCCACUGGAUCCUGCCCAACGUCGGCGUCUUCAUCUUCGCAUUUGGCAUCGUGAACGGCCUGCAGAUCAUCAACCUCUAUACAGUUGACUGUUUCACGAGCGUAUCGGCCUCGGCUGUCAGCGCCAUCACUAUCGAGCAGAUGCUGACGUUGUUUUCUGGCAAUUGGACUUCAGUACUUCCUCUCUGCGCCGGCGACACCAAUGCUCUGUACAUGCAGCUCAAGCGCAUCCUCGACAUUACCGGCGACUACAACCUCGGGUGCGAACUCUGUCAGAUGACGGGCCGCGUCGUGUAA